AUGGCAAUCUAUGAAACACAUGUACAGUUCAGCAGACUCUCCUCUUUUUGGACUAAUAAUGGUUAUACACCAAUUCACAUCAUUGAAGCUAAUGGCCACUCCGGAGGUAUUUGGCUCCUCAAACAAGCUACUGUGAACAUUACUACUACUGUCUUUGAUUCUAAUCCUCACUCUGUUUCCUUCUCUAUCAGCCGUGGCAGUGCCAUCACCAACUGCACUUGUAUCUACGCUAGCCCCAACCCUAGCCUUCGCCCAACCCUCUGGUCUCAUCUUGUAAAUAUCAACCAUAUCAUUGAUGGCCCAUGGAUGCUAAUAGGUGAUUUCAACGAAACACUCCUUCCAAGUGACCAAAGAGGUGGUGUCUAUCACCACAACAGAGCUGCCUCUUUCUCAAACUUCAUGACUGCUUGCAACCUGCUUGAUCUAACAACCACUGGUGGACGUUUUACUUGGCAUAAAAACAACAAUGGUAUUCGCAUUCUCUCUAAAAAGCUAGAUAGAGGGCUUGCCAACAUUGACUGGCGCAUAGCUUUUCCGGAGGCCUUUGUGGAAGUUUUGUGUAGGCUCCACUCUGACCAUAAUCCUCUUCUUCUCCGUUUCGGAGGGCUCCCUUUAUCCAGAGGGCCUCGCCCUUUUCGAUUUGAAGCAGCUUGGAUCGACCAUAAGGAUUAUGAGGAGCUGGUAAAAAAUUCAUGGCGCCACUCCCACCAUAACAUCUCUACGGCUUUGAAUAAAUUCAAAGAGAAUUCUACCACUUUCAAUUUUGAAAUCUUUGGAAACAUCUUUCAAAGAAAGAAACAUAUUGAGAAGCGGCUAAAAGGCAUCCAAAAUUAUCUUGAAAGGGUGGACUCUCGUCGGCAUUCCAUACUCGAAAAAGAGCUCCAACAAGAGUAUAACCACAUCCUUCACCAAGAAGAAAUGCUUUGGUAUCAAAAAUCACGAGAAAAGUGGAUCAAAUUUGGUGAUAAAAACAAUGCCUUCUUCCACGCUCAGACCAUCAUUAGAAGAAAGAAAAAUCGGGUCCAUAGGCUGCAACUCCCUUGUGGUACAUGGUCAUAUGAUAGUGACACUCUCCAAGAAGAAGCACAAAAUUAUUUCAAAGCUUUCUUCAGUGGUAUCGAACCUAACCAUGACAGAAAUUUCAAUGAAGGCAUCCACCCUACCAUAGAUGACGAUGGGAAGCUCUCUUUACUCUCUCCAAUCACCAAAAAAGAGGUCUUUACUGCUCUUAAUUCUAUGAAGCCCUACAAAGCCCCUGGCCCCGAUGGCUUUCACUACAUCUUUUUUAAACAAUCCUGGCAUAUAGUUGGAGAUGAUAUCUACCAAAUGGAAAUAAUUCAUUUCAUGAGGAGAUCCAAAAAGAAGAAGGGGUUUGUAGCUUUCAAAAUUGACCUGGAAAAAGCUUUUGACAAAGUAAACUGGGAAUUCCUGCGUUCUUGUCUUCAUGAUUUUGGGUUCCCCGACAUAACAAUAAGGCUCAUCAUGCACUGUGUUUCUUCAUCCAACUACUCCAUCUUAUGGAAUGGAAACAAACUCCCUUACUUCAAACCCACACGUGGCCUUCGCCAAGGAGAUCCGUUGUCCCCAUACCUCUUCAUUCUUUGUAUGGAAAAGCUCUCUAUUGCUAUAAAUUCAGCGGUCAAUCAAGGAAGUUGGGAACCGGUUCAAAUCACAAAUACGGGGCCCCAGAUAUCUCACCUACUAUUUGCAGAUGACGUUCUUAUCUUCACUAAGGCGAAUACUUCCCAAUUUCACUUCAUCCAAAACCUCUUUGAAAGAUUCAGUCGUGCAUCUAGUUUGAAAAUUAAUAUUUCCAAAUCAAGAGCCUUUUACUCCUCUGGUGUUCCUCAAGCCUGGAAGAAUAGGCUUUUGAACAGAAUAGGUAGAGUAACUCUUGCUACUUCUGUUUUAUCUUCUAUCCCUACUUACUACAUGCAGAUCAACUGGCUCCCUCAAUCAAUUUGUGAUAGCAUUGACCAGACAACUAGGAAUUUUAUUUGGAAAGGCGCAAAUAACACAGGAAUCCACUUGGUAAAUUGGAAAACAAUAACAAGUGAGAAGCAAAAUGGUGGGUUAGGUAUCCGAACAGCAAGAGAGGCUAACACAAGCUUGCUUGGGAAACUUGUUUGGGAUCUGGUUCAAGCUACCAACAAACUCUGGGUUCACACUCUCUCUAACAAAUAUGUUUCUGGUCCGAAUACCCUUCAUGCAACCAUCAACAGCAGCAGCUCCCCCACUUGGUCCUCCAUUAUCAAAGCCAAAAAUGUCCUUCAAAGUGGGUACUGUUGGCGUCCUGGUUCAGGUUCGUCUUCUUUUUGGUUUGACACUUGGAGUUCACAUGGUUUUAUUGGCUCUCAUGUUUCUAUCAUUGACAUUCAUGAUAUUCAUCUCACCGUUCACGAAGUUUUCUCCUAUAAUGGACAACACACGCAUGCCCUUUGCACAAAUCUCCCACAAGCUAUAGCAGAUUCUAUUAAUAACACUCACAUGAAGUUUAAUGAUAGAGUUUAA